CAGGGAGUUUUUCCUCUCUCCCCCCGUCUUUGCGCGUGCGUAGCCGGAGCCCUGGCCCGCCUGGGGCGCUGGAGCGGCGCUGAGGGGAAAAGGGAGGGAGCCGCUUUCUGUGGCGCGGCCGGCCGGCGAGGCGAGGGAAGGCCGGGGCGGCGGGGGGCGAAGGCGGCCGGGGGGCGGGUGGGUCGGGCCGGGCGGGAGAGAUGAGCGCUCGGUGCCCCCGUUGGGCCAGAGCGGACGAGCGGGAGCAGGAGAGGCGGCGGCGGCUGUCGUCGCCUCCGCCGUGCCAAUGAACUGAGCAAGGCAGGCCUUGGUCGCGGCGAGGCCCGCUCCCCCGUGGCUCCGGAGCUGCAGCCGCCCCUCCAGCGACGCCUCUCCUCUUUGGGCCGCCCAGGCAGCGGGAUCUGAACGGACAAGACAUCAUGGGGGCGUUUUUAGACAAGCCAAAGAUGGAGAAGCACAAUGCCCAAGGGCAGGGCAACGGACUACGCUACGGGCUGAGCAGCAUGCAAGGUUGGCGAGUGGAGAUGGAGGAUGCACAUACAGCUGUCAUUGGCUUACCAAAUGGACUGGACCGGUGGUCUUUUUUUGCUGUGUACGACGGGCAUGCUGGAUCCCAAGUUGCCAAAUAUUGCUGCGAGCAUUUACUAUACCACAUCACCCACAAUGAUGAUUUCCUAAUGGGCGGCGGCCCGCCCUCAGUGCAAAACGUCAAGGCCGGGAUCAGAGCGGGUUUUCUGCAGAUCGAUGAUCAAAUGAGGGUCAUCUGCGAGAAGAAGCACGGUGUGGACAGAAGCGGCUCGACGGCGGUGGGGGUCCUGAUCUCCCCCCAGCACACCUAUUUUAUCAACUGCGGAGACUCUAGAGGUUUGCUUUGUAGAAACAGGAAGGUUUAUUUCUUUACAGAAGAUCACAAGCCAAGUAACCCGCUGGAGAAGGAGCGCAUACAGAAUGCGGGCGGGUCAGUCAUGAUCCAGCGCGUGAACGGAUCUCUUGCCGUGUCGAGGGCGCUCGGGGACUUCGACUACAAAUGCGUCCACGGGAAGGGCCCGACAGAGCAGCUCGUCUCCCCUGAGCCCGAAGUUUAUGAGAUUGAGAGAUCGGAAGAUGAAGACCAGUUCAUCAUCCUGGCCUGUGACGGGAUCUGGGAUGUUAUGGGAAACGAGGAGCUGUGUGAAUUUGUGAGAUCGAGACUGGAAGUCACAGAUGACCUGGAGAGAGUUUGCAAUGAGAUAGUCGACACCUGCUUGUACAAGGGUAGCCGAGACAACAUGAGUGUGAUACUGAUCUGUUUUCCAAAUGCACCAAAGGUAUUACCAGAGGCAGUGAAGAAAGAGACAGAGCUGGACAAGUUCCUGGAAAGCAGAGUAGAAGAGAUCAUAAAGAAGCAGGGCGAAGGAGCACCGGAUUUAGUCCACGUCAUGCGUACGUUGCAAACGGAGAACAUCCCGAACCUUCCACCAGGGGGUGAAUUGGCGAGCAAACGGGGUUUGAUUGAAGCCGUUUAUAACAGACUGGUCCCUUAUAGAAACGAUGAGACUGACUCUGCGUCAACGGAUGAAAUGUGGUAAGACUGCCAUCUAAGCUGUGUGGAGUUUACAUCCAUCCUCCCUAUGGAAAAGAAAAUGCACCCAGCUCACAGCGAUCCUUCUUAACGUUCAUCCUCCACCUUACCGAAUGAGGGGGGAAAAUGUGUCGGGGGUGGGGAAGCGGCGACACAGGAAGAGGCGGCAAUCCCACCACCCACCCAGCCCAAGAACUGAUGAUCUUAUUUUGCGAAGCAGAUCUUCUGUACAAGUGACAUUGAAAACCCAUAAUGUUGUAAAUUGGACUCCGAAAACGAUUUUAUGUUGUAUGAUUUUUUUUUUUUUGGUUUUGUAAAGUGCAAUUGUGGUUGUACAAAAUGCUUAUUUAAUAAUGAACGGCUUUACGUCACUCGAGGUUAGAUGAGAUGCUCGGUUUAUCGUUUCAGGGCAAGAGACGCCCAGCAGCCCCCCCGCCCCGCACCCCCGCCCUUUCCAUUCAUAUUUGUGGUUCCGGAUUGCUGGGAGCAGCAACCUAGCAGGCUUGGAACGCUCAGAAGGUGCACAGAAAGAUUUUUUAAAAGGGUAUUUUACACAAAGCGGAACGUCACUGUUGACUUCGGUGUGGAAAAUAACUGGAAUUCAGUCUGUUCUCCGUCAGACCCUUAAUUGCCUUGUUCUUGAAUUCCUCUGGGAAGCCUAGAGCUCCCACUGAAACGUGUGGGAGAUUUAGCGGAAACCAGGACAGGGUUAGCGAACAUUGAGGCAUUGCCAUUAUAGCCGCAAAUCGGGGUUAGGCUACAGACUGUGGCGUGGGGAAGAUUUAAAAUGCCUGGAUAAUUUGCCCUCUUUUCUUUUCAGAACAGAUCAUUUUGGUCGUAUCCUGUCGCUCUGCUAACAGCAGCGCUUUCCUCUGAGGCAGAAGUUGCCUCACAGGCUAGCCCUGCUGUGGAUGGCAGACAGGCAGGACGGUCCCCGUUUACCUUCAGUUAAUUCUCAGCUGCAUGAAAGGCAGCAUCUUCUGUAUUCAGUGGGUCCCUGCACCGUUUUUAUUCUCCUAAUCGGCUGGGUCAGCUGCUGUUCCAAGUGAAAUAUUCUGAUUUCCAUUUUAUCAAUAAAGCUCGAUUUAACAAACAAGACAUUUAACAAUAUAUGUGUAAUUCCUUUUUGUUUUCCCCCUUCAGAAAUGCUUGUAAAUGAGAUAUCAUAUGUGGAUAAUUAUUUUUUAUUAAAUUGUUGCCCAUUUAUGAAAUGGGGAGAACGCUUGACUGUUGCCCAAGGCACAGAUGGAUUCUAUCUCUUUCUCUCUUUCUCUUCCUCUCCUCCAUUAGUGGGUAGCCUAGCUUGAAAAAAAAUGGAAAUAAUCUAUUUACAUGAAUUUAUGUUGUGGUUUUUAUUUUGAGAGAAUCUCCUGAGUUCACGUUAAUGCAAAUUUCAUUUGUCAGAGCCUGACAAUCUUGCCUUUUAUGGUAUGUUUUAUAUGACCCCCGUUGACUUAGAACAAAACAAAAGCAAACAGACAGCACACACCCUCCUCGCGGUUUCACAAUACGUGUCAUUAGAAACGCAGCCUGUUCAGAACGUUUAACUGUUUUGGAUUUUAAAUUGACAUUUUUAAAAAACUCGGUGAAAGUAAUACAACUAAUUUGACUUUUCCUCUACAGAGCAUAUACAAAAGUGAAUUUUCAGAUGAGUUGGGUGAUUGCCGAAUUACUAUUUCAUGCACCUUGUAUUUUGUCUUUUUAUUAAGUUGAAGAUACUGUAUGAUUAAUAUGUAGCUUUCUCUACUUUCAGUCAGCAGAUACCCCUCCCCACAAAAAAAGGAAAAUCAACAAAAUAUAAAUAAGUUGUAGCAAUGUAGCUAGAAACAUUUUUUAAAAAGGUGUAAAAUGUACCUUUUUAUAGGAAGCAAUGUAAAAUGUGUUUUUUCUAUAUUUGUCUUUCCCUCCUAACUUUGAAAUAUACAUUUGUGUGUAUAUAUAGCCUUAAAACUGGUUGCCGAGUUAGGGAUUGCUGAAACAGUGAAACGGUAACUUAAGGAACUUUCUCAAUUAAGGGUAGCGUAAUACCAGCAAACAUUAUUUUAUCCCUCUUGCAUGGGUCAGGUGCUUGGCCUUUAACAUCACUGUAUUCAAUUUGUAAUCCUCGUUGAGAGCGUCAGUGGGAAAGCACUGUUUGUAUUCAUAAAGUUCUAGCAAUUGGGGGUUAAAACCACCAAACCCUCACUGGAUCUGCAAAUAAAUGCUUAAAAUGAACAAGUCCACCAAGUUCAAACUAGAAAGGUAUCAGCUGAAUCCUCGUGAGCACCUAAUUAUUUGAAAUGCUACAUGGGAAAUGAGACAAGAAAGCAGAUCUGGCUUUAGCACUGGAGAGAAAACUCUUCCUUUUUUUCUAUGUAAAAGUAGUGGUAGGUCUAAAAAGCGCAAAACCGGGUGGAAACGAUGGUUUGAAAUUAAAAAAAAAAAUGCAAGCGGAAAGCCAUAUAUUAAACAAUAACGAUUUUAAGUGUCAUAAUGACAUAGCACGUGUUUUAAACUUGCUACACGUGCACCCUUUCAAAUAUAUAUAUAUAUAUUUUGUCGUUACUACUAGUGCAGUCAAAGGGUUGUGGGCUACAAAGAAGCGCAGCGUUUGCGGAUUCCCUUUCCUUACGUUUGGCACUUUAAAGUGGUCGAAGCACUGUGUCAGUUAUGCCUGCUUAAUACACCGCUCCUUUAUGUAUACCAAAAUGAGAUUAAAUCCAUGUAUUCAGCGCAUCACAUAUUCCGGCAAGGGGACUCACUCUUGUUCAUAAAGUCUGCAAAAAAAAGGGGGGGGGGAGCACUUUUCGUUUUUUGUGACUUUUUAAAAAAUGCUAAAAAUGUUGGAACACCUCAGGGGUAAAUGCAGCAAAAACUUUGGAGAAUUGUGAUAUUUAUUUCCCUAACUGGAGGGGCAGGUGCGGUUUCCUGUGUGCUGAUGAAAUAAAGUCAAAUGAUGGUCCCACGUUUA